GCGUGAUUUUAAAGAAGAGGAUUUUGGCCUCUUCCAGCUAGCAGGCCAAAGAUGCAUCGACGACGGGCACAUGGACCAGCUGCUGGAGGUUAUUCAAGAUGAAAAGAACAAGGUGACAGUUUCAGCACUGGUCCCAAUUUACUGCCAAUCUGUCUGUGUGAAGAUGAACUUGUCUUAAGACUCUGGAAUGUAGACCCCACCACCUGCUUGUGUCCUGGCCAGGACCACUGUCCUGUGUAGUGUAGGACAUUCAGCAGCAGCACUGGCCUCUGCCUGUUACACCAAUAGCGCCCUCUCUACCAACACUAAUCAAGUCUUUAGACCUUGCCAAGUAUCCUCGGGAACUUAAGAGCAAAACCGGCCCAGUGGAGAGCAGCUGGAAUGGGGGCAAAGCGUGGGCUUGGAGUUGGAGAGAUGUGAGCUCUGACUCUGCCAGUCUCAUACCAUCAUCAAGUCUAUGGGCUGGAAUCUGGUUGGUCCUGUUGUGCGAUGCCUCCUGAGGAACGGUGAAGAGGAGAAAAGGAAAGACUGUUUCCUGAUGUUUGAUUUACUGGUGAAGUUAUGUAAUCCAAAGGAAUUGUUGUUGGGUUUGCUUGAACUCAUUGAAGAGGCCUCUGGAAAACAGAUAUCCCAAAUUACUCUUCUUUUACUUCAGCCAUUGCAGACAGUUAUUCAGAAACUCCCCAACAACAAGGCGUACUCAGUUGGAUUAGCACUGUCCACCCUUUGGAGUCAACUUGCUCUUCUUCCUGUUCCGUACUCAGAAGAACAAAUGCAGACAGACGAUUACGGCCUUUGUCAGUGUUGCAAGGCCUUAAUAGAGUUCAUGAAGCCUUUUGUGGGAGAAGUAAUUGAUAACAAAGAAAACAAGGAAAAUGAAAAGUUAAAAGAUGAAUUACUAAAGUUUUGUUUCAAAAGCUUGAAAUGCCCUUUGCUGACAGCACAAUUCCUUGAACAGUCUGAAGAAGUUGGAAAUGACCCUUUUCGGUGUUUUGCAUCUGAAAUAAUAGGAUUUUUAUCACAAAUUGGACACCCUGUACCACAAAUUAUUCUUAAUCAUGGAAGGAAAAAAAGGACUUGGGAUUACCUUGAAUUUGAGGAGGAGGAAGACAAACAAUUGGCAGACUCUGUGGCUUCUCUGACAUAUCUAGUAUUUGUUCAGGGCAUCGGUAUUGAUCAGCUUCCAAUGGUCUUAAGCCCAUCAUACCUUUUGCAGAUGAACAUGGAACACAUUGAUGUGUUUCUGCAAAGAACAGAACAGUCUAUUUUCUCCAAAGGAUUGGAACUUCUGGAGAAUAGCUUAUUGAGACUGGAAGACAACAGCCUACUUUAUCAGUACUUAGAAAUCAAGAGCUUUCUUGCUGUGCCUCAGGGCUUAGUCAAAGUAAUGACACUUUGCCCCAUUGAGACAUUGAGGAAAAAAGGUUUAGCUAUGCUUCAGCUGUAUAUUGACAAGCUGGAUUCACAAGGCAAAUAUACAUUAUUUAGGUGCUUAUUAAAUACAAGUCACCACUCGGGUGUCGAAGGCUUUGUAAUUCAAAAUAUCAAAAAUCAGAUUGAUGUGUCAUUUAAGAAAACAUGUAACAAAUGGUUUUCAGGACCGCAGCUGAUUUCUCUGUUGGACUUGGUACUGUUUCUCCCUGAGGGUGCUGAAACAGAUUUACUGCAGAACUCAGACAGGAUUAUGGCUUCAUUAAAUUUAUUGAGGUAUUUGGUUAUCAAAGAUAAUGAAAAUGACAAUCAAACUGGAUUAUGGACAGAACUUGGAAAGAUUGAAAAUAACUUUUUAAAGCCACUUCAUAUAGGACUUAAUAUGUCAAAAGCACAUUAUGAAGCAGAAAUCAAAAACAGCCAACGAAAUAGCCAAGCAGCCUCGAUGUGUAAAGGUGUCUGCUCUGUGACUGUAGGUGGAGAAGAGAUCCCUUCUAUGCCUCCUGAGAUGCAACUUAAGGUCCUACAUUCAGCUCUUUUCACAUUUGACCUGAUUGAAAGUGUUCUGGCUCGAGUAGAAGAACUCAUUGAAAUCAAAACAAAGUCUACCUCUGAAGAAAGUGCUGUAAUAAAGUAAAAGUCUUGUUUCAUAAAUAAAAACCAGUAAGAGAUGUUUUCCAGUA